UGUUCUUCUGUGUCAGUUCCCUCCGUCUCUCUGCCCAGCUGCACUCCUUUUGAUCAUUCACAUUUCCUCCAAAUGCAUGUUAUCUUUAAUUAAUUGAGUGCCUUGUGGAAAGCAAGGUGGGGGAGACAGGCAGAGAACAGCUAUAACUACACAAUUAAAAUACAAACCAAGUCUGCUGAGUUUACUGAAAAAAGCAAGUGCUGAAGUGACUUAGAAGCUUUUUAUGGUUAAUGUUUUGCUCUGAGAACAGACCCGGGAGCAGAGAUGGAGGGCAUGGAUUUUGAGGAUAAGAAGUCCAAGAAGUACUGCAUGAAGACAAAGCAUGUGGCCAUUAUCUGUGGCGUCGUGGUCGUUGUAGGUCUAGCUGUGGGGCUUGGCGUGGGAUUGAGCAGACCUAAAUCUCAGCCAUCUUCAGAAGAUACAGCGCAGCCAACAGUCCCUUCACAAGUGGAUCUGGGUCCUUGUCCUUCUAAAAAUGAUGAUACUGGGGAAUGGAGCAAUUUCAGGCUACCCACUUAUAUCAAUCCAGUACACUAUGACCUGGAAGUGAAGCCUGAAAUGGAGUUGGAUACUUACACAGGGACAGUCAGUAUUUCUAUUGCUUUGGAAAAAUCUACCAGCUACCUGUGGCUCCACCUGCGAGACACCACGAUUACAGAAAUGCCCACACUCAAGAACGCCUCAGGACAGCAGAUUGCACUGAGUGACUGUUUUGAAUACACACCUCAAGAGUACAUAGUGAUGAAGACAGAAACAGAGCUCUCUUCUGCUAGCGAAAGCGAGCCCUAUGUGCUCACCCUGAAAUUUCAAGGCUGGCUGAACAGUUCCCUGGUUGGCUUUUAUAGGACCACCUACACAGAGAACGGACAGACCAAGAGCAUUGCAGCUACAGAUCAUGAGCCAACAGAUGCACGGAAAACAUUUCCUUGCUUUGAUGAGCCUAACAAAAAGGCAACUUACACUAUAUCUAUCAUCCAUCCACAGGAGUACCAAGCCCUUUCAAACAUGCCGGUACAGGAAACUCUACAGCUGGACGAUGGCUGGAUGCAGACAACUUUUGAGCGGUCAGUUCCCAUGAGCACUUACUUGGUAUGCUUUGCAGUGCACCAGUUUGAGUGGAUAGAGAAAACAUCUGCUAGUGGAAAACCUCUGAGAAUUUAUGCACAGCCACUGCAAAUACAAACAGCAGAAUAUGCAGCAAACAUAACAAAAAUUGUGUUUGACUUCUAUGAAAACUACUUCAAUAUGAGCUAUUCUCUUCCAAAACUAGAUAAAAUAGCUAUUCCAGAUUUCGGGACAGGUGCUAUGGAGAACUGGGGGCUGAUCACAUACAGAGAAACAAACCUGCUCUAUGAUCCUACUGAGUCUUCCUCUUCCAACAAACAGACAGUAGCAUCUGUGAUAGCCCACGAGCUCGUUCAUCAGUGGUUUGGAAAUAUUGUGACCAUGGACUGGUGGGAUGACUUGUGGUUAAACGAAGGAUUUGCCACUUACUUUGAGUACCUAGGAGUAAAUGUCGCAGAACCAGAUUGGCAAAUGCUCGACCAGGUUUUAACUGAGGACAUGCUUCCUGUAAUGAAAGAUGACUCUUUGCUGUCUUCGCACUCAGUUGUUGUUGAUGUGUCAUCUCUGGCCGAAAUCACCUCUGUGUUUGAUGGGAUAUCCUACAGUAAGGGUGCAUCGAUUCUCCGAAUGCUUCAAGACUGGCUGACACCGGACCUCUUCCAAAAAGGGUGUCAGAUAUACUUAAAGGAUAACUAUUUCCAGAAUGCCAAGACAGACGAUUUCUGGGCAGCACUGGAAACGGCAAGUAACAAACCUGUGAAGGAAGUCAUGGACACAUGGACUAGGCAGAUGGGUUACCCUGUUCUGGAGAUGGGAACCGAUUCAGUGUUCACACAGAAACGUUUUCUCUUGGAUCCCCAAGCAAAUGCUUCUUACCCUCCUUCUGAUCUUGGUUACAAAUGGAAUAUUCCAGUGAAAUGGAGACUUGAGAGUUCAACGAAUUAUACUUUCUACAAUAAAUCAAAUUCUGCAGGAAUUACAAUAACAUCAUCUCCCGAUUCUUUUGUGAAAAUUAAUCCAGACCACAUUGGAUUCUAUCGGGUGAAUUAUAAUAGUCAAAACUGGGCUAAUUUAGCCAGUCUUCUGGUCAACAACCACACAGGAUUUUCAGCUGCUGACCGUGCAGGGAUUUUGGAUGAUGCUUUUUCUUUAGCAAGAGCUGGACUCGUGAACUACUCUGUUCCCCUGGAGCUUACAAAAUACCUAACAAUUGAAACAGACUAUUUACCCUGGCAUAGAGCUAUAUCAGCUGUAACUUACCUCGCAGACAUGCUUGAAGACGAUACAGAUCUCUAUCUUCAGUUUAAGGAGUAUUUUCGCUCCCUGGUAAAACCCAUUGUGAAUGAACUGGGCUGGAGUGAUUCUGGAAGCCAUUUGGAAAAGCUUCUUCGUGCGUCUGUUCUAAGCUUUGCAUGCAGUGUGGGUGACACAGAAGCUUUGAACAAUGCUUCACACUACUUCAGGGAAUGGCUAGGAGGACAAAAUCCUGCUGUAAAUCUCCGACUCCUGGUAUAUCGCUACGGGAUGCAGAACUCAGGCAAUGAGUCAUCUUGGAAUUAUAUGUUUCAGAAAUACCAAGAUACUUCAUUGGCACAAGAAAAGCAAAAGCUCCUGUAUGGUCUGGCAUCAGUGAAUAACAUCACCCUUUUGGACAGAUAUCUGAAAUAUAUUUACAACACCAGCCUCAUCAAAAGCCAAGAUGUUUUCACAGUCCUCAGAUACAUCUCCUAUAACAGCUAUGGGAAAACAAUGGCCUGGGACUGGAUACGGCUCAACUGGGAAUACUUAGUUGACAGAUUCACUAUCAAUGACAGAUACCUUGGCCGAAUAAUAACCAUUACCCAAACCUUCAACACUGAGCUCCAGCUUUGGCAGAUGGAAAAUUUCUUUGAGAAAUAUCCUAAUGCUGGAGCAGGAGAAUCACCCAGGGAGCAGUCAGUUGAGCAGGUGAAGAACAAUAUUGAAUGGCUAAAAGAAAAUAAGGAAGAUAUACAAUCGUGGCUAGAAAAGUGGCUAAGCUCUUAACACCUUACUUUGUUAAAAAUGUCAGGCACUCAUUCUGGUCACUCCGAUCCUCAGAUAUAUUUAGCAAUGUGUAUUUCACAGCUAGCUACCUUAGAGGACCAAGGCUUAAUGUUUUUUUUUUCUACAAACACUCAGAAGCCCGCUGCCAGAGCAACGUCUGUGUAGUUGCUGAUCCCGGAUCCUGCCAACACUUGUGCAUAUGAAUAGCUUUACAUUUUGGGAGACAAAUUUGCUUGAAUAAAUAGGAAAAACGUCUAAGGUUAUUCAAAGUAGAAGUGAUGGCAAAACUGGGGUCCUUGCUGAUCAAGUUGGUUGGUCUCUUUCUUUCCAUAUACCACUCUGAAAAACUACUCCUUGGUUCAUACAGAAGUACCUUUACUACACUCAGGGAUUCCUUUCCAAGUGCACCUUAUUGGAGCUCUGUUCUGAAGGAAAGGGAAUUACGCAGUAAUUUGAACUUUGUCCGAAAACUGUCCCAUAUAUUUAUAUCUUUAAAAAUUUCAUAUUCAUGAUUUUGCUUUGCUUUCUUACACUACAGAGAGGCCAGUUAAAAUUCCCUCCUCGCUGAUUUUUGACGUUUCACUACUGGCACACAAGGGAAUCAGUAUUUUCAGCUUCAUUUUUCAUGUUACUAACUGGGAUUCUGUAGCUUGGGGAAGGUGUUGUCUUGAUUAUUUUUGCCUUGUUCAUAAAUCUUGUCAAAAGAAGAACUUGUGGCAAUGGUUACUGCAGACAAGACAUAUGGUACUUAUUCUCUCUUUUCUUAUGGAAAAAUAAAAUAAAAUGAUACACCUGGAAA